CCCCUCUCAAAGAGCCGCUAUUCUUUGAUGAUUGGGCAGCGGCAAACUUCAAAGUAAUAAAUCUUAUUUCUGACUGGCUGGCGGCCCACCAAAGUCCUUAUCAAAUCCUAAGAAGUGAUCCCUCACUCUUCAGAUAGACCAAGGAGAUCUCGGAGAGAGGAAGCACUGGAGAGUGGAGACCUGCUCGACGCGAUAUUUUACUGCGAAUGCACACAUUUAUCUAAAUUAGUGCUUUUUAUUUCAUUUGUUUUCAUCGAGAGGGAGGAGGACGUUUACCAUGGCAGCAGUGGCUGUACUGCGGAAUGAAACACUCCAGGCUUUUCUUCAGGAUCGCACUCCAAACUCUUCUCCAGAGAACUGUAAGCACUCUCCGCUGGCUCUCCUGGCUGCCACUUGUAACCGGAUCGGGCAUCACCACGGAUCAAACCACACAGAUUUCCUCCAGGUCCCUUACGACCCAACACUGGGCUCCCCUUCGCGUUUGUUUCACCCGUGGACUAACGAGGGGACCCCUCAGAGCAGCCUGGCCACUAACUCUACUUUCGGACUAUCCUCCAAGCCCCAGCUGUCUGCGCACAUCCAGAGCUCCUUCAGCUCGCACCACGAACUGCCCCUCACCCCUCCGGCGGACCCCUCGUACCCCUAUGACUUCUCCCCUGUGAAGAUGUUACCUUGCUCCAUGCAGUCUCUGCAGUCCUCCUGCCCCCCCACCUACGUCCCCGCCGUCAGUUACGCAGCCCCAACUCCCAUUCCGCCCGCAAUGCCAAGUUUUGUCACGGGACCCUCCGGCCUUGUGCACCAGCAGCAGAGACAGUUGUCCCCAAACCCUGGAGAGGAUAUUCCGUGGUGGAGCCUGCAGCAGGGGACCCAUGUCAGUCACUCUUCCUCCCUUGGUCACCAUCGCUUCCAGCUGCAGAGGGGCUUGGUUCUGGGACAUACGGACUUUGCGCAAUACCAGACGCAAAUCGCGGCUCUGCUGCACACAAAGUCCCCCCUCGCGACUGCGCGGCGGUGCAGGAGGUGCAGGUGUCCGAACUGCCAGUCCUCCACGUCCAGCGACGAGCCUGGCAAGAAGAAGCAGCACAUUUGUCACAUACCGGGUUGCGGGAAAGUUUACGGGAAAACUUCUCACCUCAAAGCGCACCUGAGGUGGCACUCUGGGGAGCGGCCGUUUGUGUGCAACUGGCUGUUCUGUGGUAAGAGUUUCACCAGGUCGGAUGAGCUGCAGAGACACCUGAGGACUCACACGGGGGAGAAGCGCUUUGUUUGCCCGGACUGCUGCAAGAGGUUCAUGAGGAGUGACCACUUGGCAAAACAUGUCAAAACUCACCAGAACAAAAAAAGCAAGUGCCACGACAAGACACUUGACCAUGUCAAAAGGGAGGACACGAGGAAUAUGUUGUAACACACGUUGUAGUCGUUUUAAACAGUAGAAAUCACUAGUGCAAUACAGUCAGUCCUACAUUAGUCAAAGUACACAGUGAGCUGCAUUUUUAUAUCUUGUUUAUUUUGUUACAUCCUGACAAUAGUCUCUAACAUUGCUGGUCUGUGUAGCACAUUUUUGUAUAUAUAUAUAAAGUUUCAUAAGUUAAUUUGGGAUCAUGGAGAAGUUCAUGAGUUUGAAUUCACUGUCUAUAUCAUAUCAAGGAAGACAAGUUUUCAACUUGUGUUUGAUCAUUGUCUUCGGUGGAAGAUUUCACUCCCCUGUAAAUUAUAUUUAAUAGCUUUUGUUGAAUGAAAGUGUCCGUUUUUUGCUCCUUAUGGGGUGUUUUUAAGCAUGCUCUUGAAAAGAUCUGCUAUUGUUGAUAUGACCUAAAUACUGUGUGAGAAUAAAGAUUAUAACAUUUUCCUCAACUCGAAUAAUUCAUUUGAUAUCCCUCAGUUAUACGGCCGGUGAGAUAAUCAGGUGAAAUGCACUCAGUAUUACCUGGACUAGUGUGCCAAGUUAGUCGUAAUUCCAAAAAUAAUUUCCAGCUAUUUUUUUUAGAUAAAUAUACAUUUCAAGUGAUUUGAGGACUUGCAGGAAAAAGUGUGCACAUUUUUUGUUUCCAGCUGUUGUUGGUGGUCAAAAAGGAGUAUUAAAACCAAAAUAAAACAGUGUUUAAUAUUACUUUUAGCUGCUGAAAAUGAAAAACCUGCAUUCAAAAAAAUACAAUUUUUGCCCUGCUUAUCUACAGCUGCUGCUGCUGUUUUAUCUUUUACAUUAGCAAAGUUAUAUUUAAGUAGUGACAGGAGUUGCAUUUGUCUCGAAUGUAUUUGUAAGUCAGAGAUAAUUAGAUUAACAUACACUGUCAACAAAAAAUUACAGUAUAAUGUUAAACAGUGAAAUAUAGACGUAUGAAUCUGGAAAUUUGGCCGCCAAAUCGAGUGAAAACUCCCAUAAAGGUUGUCAGAGAUUCUGUCCAUCAUAAGCGCUUCAAAGGUGAACACAGGUGCUGAUAUUCUUAAACAUAAUUCAAUUAAACCCUACAUUAUCAGUGUAAAGGUAUUGAGUAAAUUGUGAGGUGAGGGGCUUUACUUAGAAUUUGCUUAUUUUCAGAGAUGAAAAUACAAACAACCUUUUAAAUAAAUAAGAUAUUACAUUAAGUUCUUUGGAGAAUAUCACACAUUUCCUUCUCAGUUGAUGUAAAAUUUUCCUACCGUUAUUAUCUCAACUGAGGGAAUGCUCUAAUUUGUUAAUGCACUCUAAUGGAUGUGGUGUAUUUGUUUUGUGCCACAGUCUUUGCGUUUUACAUUUCCCUCUGAGGACUUUGCAGUGACACCGUAGGCUGAGAUGAGACACCUAUUAGCUGAGAAACACUUUUCGCUUUUAGCUGUGCUGGAGUUUCACUGGAUUCACUUUACACACAGGAUGUGCAGCAGGUUUAAUGUUUCACCUGUCUGACUGAGUCACUCUGAGCUUUAAUGGACAGUUUAAGACUGUCCAGUUUGUUCACUAUAGUUCUCAGUCUUUUCUGCCAAACAGUGUUGGGAAAUAAUUCAAUUUAUAGGGCAGAUUCCACACUUAUUAAUCACUACAACCCUGAUUCCAAAAAUUGUUGACAUACUGUGAAAAAUUGUAUAAAAACCUAUGACCUAUAUUCGAUAAAAUACAGUAAAAAGAUAAGAUAUCUAAUGCUCAAACUGUGAACUUCUUUCUGUAAAUAUAUAUAUUUAUAUACACUCAUUGUGAAUUUCAUGCAUUCUGUUUUUAUGCAGGUUUUACACAGCAUCCCAACUUUUCUGGCAUCGCGGUUGUACAUAAAGUAUAAUGUAACACCUACUCUUAGUGCAGGAAACUAACAACUACCUGCUGAACAGUAUUUUAUGUCCACUUCCUCUACCCAGUUGUUCCCACAGUGUCCCAGGAUCUAAAUUGACCUUCUGAGGACAGAAAAACCUUGAUUUUCUAAACUUGAGGCAACUACUUCCGUAUCAACUCUUAAAAACGAUUAACUCUUUAGUAUCUGAUAGAUCUGAGCAAUGAUGAAAACAUCCAAAUCAGCGACUCUGUUAUUAAAGAGAAGCAGUGCUGCCUGUCAGCCCUGUCUGCUGCCCUGUCUGUCUCAUGAGGAUCAGUGGAAAUGUCAGUAUGAAGAGAAGGACCGCUGCCACUCAAUGGCAUUUUGAACUGUCAGUUUUCUGCCUCAACAGCGCCCCCUUUUGUAAGUUUCCUCAGUAGUUCAUCAGACUAGUGUAACUGACUACUGUAAAGGUUUAUUAGUUUUACAGAAAAAUCCAUUUGUCCUUUCUUUUACAUCUUACAUGUUGUCGUACAUUAUAUCCCAGAACGCUCACUCGAUUUUAUUACUCUUCUUAUCAUUCAACCUUUAUGUACCAGUGCAAAUAUAGUUUGUUCCGGUAACCUUGUUGUAUGGCGGUGGAAAAACAGCUAGAAAGUUAGAGCUAGAUGCCCCUUAUAUGUGUAACACCACUACUCUUUUCAAAGUGAGACGCUGUUAUCUGUAUCUGUAUCUGUUAAGCCAACAGAAUGAUCUGUUUCUGCGUAGUUUACACUGAAAGUCGUGUUAAAUCUGGAAAAUGUUGUAUUUUCUAACCUAAAAUUAAAA